ACGCUUACGGCAGCGAGGCGCAACGAUUCGUGUGUACAGACUGCACAGCGAGCGGCCAACAAUUGCUUCCCGUCCGUGCUACCAGCAAGGCGUGUGCGUGUGUAUACUACGAUCCGCGUGUGUCAUUCCCCAAAGUUGAUAGGUGUGGUGUGUGUGUUUGUGUGCGCGUGUGUUGUAGAAGCGGGUGCAGUGCGUACGCGAAUCUGACGCGUAAUUUUCCAGCAGGAACUAGCAGCGGCAACAGCUUUUACACUGUUUUAUCCCGACCCCGGAAGAUACCCUCCCGCAAGGAAGGGGCUCGUGGGCUCAGCCAAGCAGGAAGCGAAAGACCCGAAAGCGGUGGCCACCAGCAGCAGCCAGCUUCCCCCGCAACGCAUUCCGAUCAACCCACCAGCCGGCAGUAACCGCAGUAACUGUUGCUUCGCCACAGCCGCCGCCCCGAAACCACCAUGCAGGACGAGCAGCAGCAGCAGCAGCAGGACGGAGGCGAGGGAGCGACGGUGGGCGGGUCUCUGCUGUCCGACAUUGUGUACGAGAUCGUCAGCAGCCCGGUGAACCUCGCCCUGGUCUGCAUCAUCUCGUUUCUGCUGUACAAGAUCAGCAAGACACGCCAGCCGCCGGCCACGCUGCCGCCGCCGCCGCCCGAGCUGCCCCGGCUCCGGCGCGACUUUACGCUGGCCGAGCUGAAGCAGUACGACGGCACGCAGCCGGACGGCCGGGUGCUGACCGCCGUCAACGGCAACGUGUACGACGUGACGAAGGGCAAGGCUUUCUACGGGCCAGGUGGUACGUAUGCAGCGUUCGGCGGGCGGGAUGCAUCCCGCGGGCUGGCCACAUUCCAAAUCACCAGCUCGGUCAGCGACGAGUACGACGACCUGAGCGAUCUCAACUCGCACGAGAUGGAAUCGAUGCGCGAGUGGGAGAUGCAGUUCAAGGAAAAGUACUAUCUCGUUGGGCGGCUGCUGAAGCCGGGCGAGAAGCCGACCAACUACUCCGACGAGGACGAGGACACACCGACCGACGGUUCGGACGUGCGGAAGCGGGCAGCCGCUGCUGCCACCGCCGCGAAAUCGGCGGACGAACCAGCCCGGGCAGAAGCAGCAGCGUCCGGUUCGACCAGCAGCAGCAGCAGCGCCAGCGCCACCGCCCCCGAGAGCCAAGGUGAUGCGGCCGAGGCUGACAAGGCGAAGAGCGAGUGA